CUCUCUCCCUCUCUCCACUGCCUAUAAAUCCCCAGCUCUCCAUCAAUCUAUCAUCUUCAUCCAAAGCUUUGGAGAGCUUCUGCAAAAACUACAAAUCUCUCAGCAAUCAAAAAUGGUGGCCUCGGUAACUCGCUCCUCCCUCGACCAGAGUCGGGCCAUGGCCAACCGCUGCUCUCAUGAGGGAGUUAUCGCUGGAGCAAAGGCAGCCAUUGUUGCCAGUGUGGCGACCGCUAUUCCCACUUUGGCUAGUGUUCGGAUGCUGCCAUGGGCCAGGACCAACCUUAAUCACACAGCUCAGGCUCUGAUCAUAUCUACAGUUGCUGGUGCAGCAUACUUCAUAGUUGCAGACAAGACGGUGUUGGCCUCUGCAAGAAAGAACUCUUUCAAGAAUGCUAGCUUUGCUGACAUCAAAGCAUGAAUUUUGAUGAUAAUAAUAUUUAUGUUUAAUCCCUUUGUUGAGUAGUUCAACAAGUUUAUGUCUAAUGUAAUUGAGAAUGUUAUAAUAAGAGUAUGGGUUUGGUUAUCACUA